AGUUCUCUUGUUCCUGCAUGUAUAUAUAAGGAGAUGAACCAGUGUACCAGUUGGAACAGAUACCAGUCUGUAAACCUCUCAUCACUCUGAAAAGAUCAAUUCAGUUGAAAGGAUGAAGUGCACUGUGGCCUUUCUUGUGCUGUCCAUGGCCGUCUUCAUGGCCGAACGUGGAGACUGCUAUUGGGUUUCCCACCACGUGGUCCAUCAUUUCAUCGGGAAAAAAGACAUGACGGACAAGCAGCUGGAGCAGCUGCUGGAGGAGCAGCAGCAGCUGGAGGAGCAGCAGCAGCAGCUGGAAGAGCAUCAGCAGCUGGAAGAACAGCAGCAGCAGCUGGAAAAGCGUUCAGUUGACUUCAACCAUCGACGCCAUGCUUUUGACUAAAGUCUGGGCUCUGUCUGAAGAUCUGCUUUGAGUGAAGAGAACAACCUUUUGUUCUUCACCAUAAGACAGAAAAGCAUCAGUCAUACCAGCCAACCAAGUUAUAACAUUCAGAUUUGCAUUGUUUUUGCUGAUAGAGAAAUUUGGUUCAUUUGUUUUGGUAAAUUGUAAGACGCUUAAUAAACUGGCAUUUUGGCAUUCUCAA